AUGGGAGACACUCAGGAAACAGUCAUCCAACAAGCUGAUGUUGUUCAAGCUGGGAAUGGAACCAGUUUUGACUCCAACAGUCCUCUUUUUCUUCAUGCUUCUGAUGCUCCAGGAAUGACCUUGGUUAUCAACUCUUUUGAUGGAAGAGGAUACCAAGGCUGGAGGAGAUCUGUGCUCAUUGCACUCUCAGCUAAAAAUAAGCUGGGGUUUAUCAAUGGAAAAUGUGUUGAACCUGAGGCAACUGCCAAAGACUUCCCUCAGUGGAGCAGAUGUAAUGAUAUGGUUACAUCUUGGCUCCUUAACUCUCUAUCCAAAGAUAUAGCUCAUUCUGUGAUAUAUUCAAGAACAGCAAAGGAUCUAUGGAAAGAUUUGGAACAAAGGUUUGGACAAUUAAAUGGUGCAAAGUUAUAUCAUCUGCAAAAAGAGAUAGCAGGGUCAGCUCAAGGGUCUAAUGAUGUUGCAAGCUACUGUUGA